AAGCAAGAACAAUUAUUCAGAAAAGUAUCUCAAACCCUAAUCUCUCUCAAAUUCGUCACCUAUCCCUAGGCCGUCGGCCAUUCUUCUCCUCGAUCCCCAAUUUCCUCUUCUAAAUCCCUAAUUCCCAAUUAUGUUCUUCCCCAAUUCUAUCUCAAUCCCUAAAUAUCUAUCAAUUCCCAAUCUUAUCACUCGAUCGUUAGAACCCUAGAAACAGGUUUCUAACAUUUGGUAUCAGAGCCCGGUUUCGAGAAUUGAGUUUUUCACAACUCUCAACCGGGGACGAGUUCUACAACUGGUUCGACAAUGAGCUCUUCCAGGCUCUCGGACAUGUCGUGGGCAGAGCUCCGUGAACGGGCUUGGCGCAUCGGCCGUCGUUGGAGCGCCGAGGAGCUGCCGACCGGGGAUGCUUUCACAGGAGAAGAGCAAUCGCCGGUUGUGCAGGUUGACUCACACGCUGACAUUGAGAGGCGAGCAGAGCAACUGGACGUGGAGGAGGUUUUGGCAAUCGAGCCGCCAGCCACGGAAGAGCUUCCAAACAUCACCAACAAACAGCAGCAGCUUUCGACAACAUUGGUCACCAUGACUGCGACUUCAUCAUCAACAUCACUUGCAGCGAUUGAACAACCCUCCAAGGCUGCCGAGGCUACUGUCGCGAUCAUGAGUGAAGAAGAAGAUGAGAGGACCAACGCCUCUAAGGAAGAAACCCGAACUGAGGGGUCGGAGAGGAGGUCAGCCACGGCCCGAGAGGCGAACUGGCGGUACCCGAAGAAGGCGCGUCCGGAGACAAGACGACAACUAGUACUGUCUCUUGUUCGCUGGAAGGAGGAUUCAUCACCAAAAAGGAAAGGAGCGAGUGAGGCUUGUUCGUGGGAGUGGAAGCCGCCAGCGGAGGACUACUGCAUCGGCAUCGUCCGACAAGACGCAACAGAGCAAGCUCGUUGGGUUUCUUCGCCGGCAGUGCGAAGAGCUCCUUUGGCGCCGCAAUCGACGGUAGCUCCAGCCUUGGCGACGAUCACCGAGGAGAAGAAGCCGCCGCCGAUGGACGGGACGAAGCUCAAGGCGGAGGGCAGCAGUGCGUCUCUCUUCGCGAUCGAGAAGGCGACGUCGGAGGAAGAAGCGGAGCUGCUGGCGAAGGAAGGCGCUGGCGUCGCUUUUCUCUCCAACCCUAGAACGCCGCCAAAGAAGAAAGAAGGUGGCGGCGGCUCGUCGGAGAAGGGAGCGAAGAAGAAGGAAGAUCUCGGGUUCCUUCAUUACCCGAACCCUAGCCGCCGCACACAACAUCGGCAGCAGCCUGCCCCAUUGGGCCAAGCUGUUCGGUUCUCUUGUGUGCUUGGGUCAAGAGGAGUGGUUUGUUUGGGUCACGGGCUGGCAAUGGGAAAGGACAUGGUGGGCUUGGCAAGGCGAGAUGGGCCAGGUCAACUGGAUCCCCCAAUGGACAAAGGCUAUUUAAGUUUUGGGCAUGGGCUGGUUUGUCAAGAGAAGAUCUUCGAAUACAGACUUGGGCCGCGUUUGGAGGAAGAAAAUGAGCCACACUUGGGCUAUGUGUUGAGGGAAACAGGCUUAGAUGGAGUUCUUGGGUUGGUAAGUGGGCUUUCAAAUGACCCAAGCCGAAAUGAAGAAAAACUCUGUGAUGCUUAUAUUGUGGAGUUUGAAAAAGAUGAUGGAGGGAUAUUUGAUCAUGGUUGCAACUUGCGUCGUCACGUGGAUUGGGAAGAGGCCAUUGGAGUCGGAGUCGCUGGUGUGGGAUUCGUUCAAGUAGUGGAACACAAUUGGAAGAAAAGAAAGCGCAAGAAUGGAGGAGGCCAGAUGUGGAUUGCAUAGUAGACUUGAAGAAAUGGGUCAAGCUGAUCAACCUUGAGGGCAAGGUUGGUCUCAAGGGGGAUGGGAUGUUAGAAACGCGUUUUCUAAGGAAAACGAGUUUCUAUAUUAUCAUUAUUAUUAGGUUUUAUUAAAUAUGGUUAGUAGUCUUUUAGUAGAAUUAGGUUUAGUAUUAGGUUUUCCUAUCUUUCGUUAUAAAUAUGUACUUUGCGUUUUAUUCAUAAUAAAGCAAGAACAAUUAUUCAGAAAAGUAUCUCAAACCCUAAUCUCUCUCAAAUUCGUCACCUAUCCCUAGGCCGUCGGCCAUUCUUCUCCUCGAUCCCCAAUUUCCUCUUCUAAAUCCCUAAUUCCCAAUUCUGUUCUUCUCCAAUUCUAUCUCAAUCCCCAAAUAUCUAUCAAUUCCCAAUCUUAUCACUUGAUCGUUAGAACCCUAGAAACAGGUUUCUAACAAACCGUGCGGGCUUGGCCCAAAGCGGACAAUAUCGUACUAAUUGAGCACCCCAAUUUGACAAGUGGUAUCAGAGUCUGGUUCGGCGAAUCCGGGGCGGUGGACGUCAGUUUGCUGGACCCUCAUUCGGUGACCUCGGGAUUUGAGAUCAACACUUGUACUAAUGGCCUGCCCAGUUAUGACAAUGGGGAUUGUCCGUUCUCAAAAAGUGGUAUCGGAAACCGGUUCGGAUUCAAGAUAGUGCAUUUCAGUUUGGUGGACCCUCGUUCUGUGACGUUGUCAUGAUUUGAGAUCCGCAUCCGCAUCCGGUGGAUGGAUGAAAUGGAGAUUUGCAAUCUGUCUGACGGAUGAAACGAAAAUCUACAUCUGAUAAAUCCUUGUGCCGAAAAGUCUAGGCAUACAAGGUGGUUGGCAACCAGAUUCGGAUAAUCACUAGAUGGGAGAACAUGAAGUCCGUGGUCCUUAACUUGAGGUGAGAAUUUGUUGAGGUACAGUCCAAGUACCAUAUUGAACUAAAAAAGGAAAUGAUCCCUUUGUAUAAGCGUUAACAUAACUUUAUUAGUACAAGACCUUUUGAUAAAGUAAUCAACAGUAAAUCUUAGCUAGGGCUUGUUGUCGAUUCCCCAAGAAAAAUAAAUAGAUACAGACAAUAUAAGCGUGACACAAGCUAGCUAGCUUCAUAAUUCUCUUGUUUUUGUCUCUUCUAAUUAAACUCCAAAUCUCUACUGUCUAAGUUACAUCAUAAUUAAUAAAUAGUUAUCCAUGUUUCUAUGAGAAACCCGAAAAAAUUCAAACUUAAUCAAUUCUUUUCAUUGGAGUGAUUGUUGGCUCUUCAGGAUCUUUUUUUCUUAUAAUAUAGGAGAGUUAAAGAAAAAAAGAAAAUUCAUCAUAUUGUACCGUAGUUGUAAGUUUAACUCUCAGACUACUUGAGUUCGGGCAAAAAAGCUGUCAACGGGAGCGUUUUCGUAGCGAAAGGCAACAAAACAAUCAACCUUAAAAUGCUUACACACAAAGUUAAUAUACAUAAAGUGUUUCGAAUCGGCUAGAGAGUGUUUACAUAAAACGCUUUAAGUGGCGGUGUUUUCUUUAAGUGAACUCGAGUAAGCAUUUUAGAGCAAAACAAUGUUCCUUGCAUUAUUUUGCUACAAAUUAAAAAAAAAAAACACUCUCGUUGGCAACAUUUUGAUCCAAACUUGGGUACUCUAAAACUUUAAUUUACAACUGUAAUAUUUCGGUUGAUAUUAUCACCCCCAUAUAUUAUCAUUAAAUGGACUCAUUUAGACUUGCAUAUUUACCUUGAAAUCUAAUAAUAUCUUAUCAAUUUUUAAUUUUUCAGACAAGUUAAAACCUAAUAUAAUGAUACUAAGUUUGUUUGUUACAUAAAUUUCUAGAAUAGUUGUAACAAAUCAAUUCUUGACACAGUCAUUCGACCUUGUCCUUAUAUGCUUUAUAGCACCGUCCAUGACAACAAUAUUUUUCUUCUUCUUCUAGAUGACCACAAAAUUGAUUAGUUUUUCUUUUCAGAAAAAAGCCAUCGGAUUGUAAUCGAGACUAUUUGUAAGGAAAUAAUAAUUAUGUUUGUGAAUACAUUAUUUUAAUUAAUUAAGUAAUUAAUCAAUUAUAUGGUUGGGAUUUUGGUGGAGAUUAAGGAACAUGUUUAUUUGUAUCGGGAGACCAGCUGCCAUCUCUUUUCUUGAGAUGCCAAAUAUUUUAGCUCAUCCAUGCAGAACAGAGAAAUAAUGAAAAGAAUCAAAUCUCAUUGCUCUAGGUUGUAGAGAUUCGAAAACGCGAACUAACUCUAAAAUCAUGUCCCUAAAAAUUAAGUUUUAAAUUUUUAAUAAUUCGAGUUGUUAAAAGAAGAUUAACUGAAGAUUAUAUAUCACUAUCUUAUAAAAUUAUACUCCUCAAUUAUUACGUACAAAUCCCUUAAAAUAAAUUUUUUAUCUUUUAAUUUAAAUUUCUGCCUUCGUCAUUUAUCGUUUUACUUCAUACUCUCACCCUAAACUAGUUGGAUAGUGGGAAACUAUAAAAAUGUGAUGACAACUUUUGUAGGUUCAUGCUUCUGAAUAAAAAAGUUCAUCGGAAAGGAAUACAUUUUGGCAGAGAAUGAAACAGAUCGGACCAUAUCUCAGUAGAGAAAUAAACAAAGACCCCAUCAUAAUCAAUUAAAGUAUACUGAUCCCAAUAGAAAAUCAAUUAAUUAAUUCUUUCUCAACAUCAUUAGCAAUUAUUUAUCAUAAUAUUUUACGUUCAACACUUUAGUGUACUUUUGUCCUUUUGUAAAAUAGCCACCCCCACUUUUGUUAUGAAAAUGGAAAGGGAAAAAUAAAUCCCUGAGGGCUAUUUGUCCUUUUAUCUACUAAUCAAUUAAGUAAUGCCUAUGAACAGACAUAAUCACAUGAUUUAGGCUACAUACUUAUACAAUUACUAAAUUAAUGGCAAUUAUUUCCCACUAUAAUCCUAUUUAUCCAAAGGUGAUAUUGAUAGGAAUUGAAGGAAAAGUUAAAUGAUAGAUGAUUUGUAAUAUUUUGUUUCCCUAUGAUUUAUAGGGUACUUAUUAUUUGAGGGUCGAAAAUUAUAAUAAGUUGAUUCAGUGGAUAAUUCGAUUUAUUUUUCAUGACUCAUAUGGGUAUUGGAUCAGACUCUAACAUAUUCAUAUGCAUUUUUAAUGGUUUUAGGUUUGAAUUUUGUUUAAAUUGAGUCCAACGUGAGACAACUCAUUUGUGUCGGAUCCAAAUGGAUCUACUUGAGUUCAGAUGAUUCUACACACAAAAAAUGCAAUAUCAACCAUCUCAAAUUACUGUCUUCAAUCCAAUUCAUGACAAAGUUUUCACAUUUAUGUUAGUUUCAGACAAAGAAAAAUGCAAACCCCACAUUAGAAUAGGAUAUCCAUUUUCUUUCGAUUACUGAACUAUUUUAGACCCAAACAAAAAAUUGAAUAUGAACCUGUCCAAAUAUGAUAUUACCUUAAUAUGAUUUUAUCUCUAGUAAAUUGGUUUAUAACUGAGCACUCGGUCAGUUUGUUUUGAUACGAUUCUAGAACUCGAAAUCCUUGAAUCGUGACCAUUAAUUUUUUCAGUGCUUUAUAUAUAUAGGUUUAAUUAGUUUAUUUGUAUGGUCCAAAGUUGAUGAGUUGAUUCAUGGCCAACAUAUUAACAAAACUGAAACGUCUCCGCUCAGUCGCAUUGGAACCAAGGUUGUCAACCCGCAGGUUGACCCGGUUUGACCCGGAAAUAUGGAAAGAGACAUUAUAUUGUACUUUUCCUUAUAAAUUAUAUCAAAUCUU